GUCCUCAACCAUCACUAGCGAAACCAAACCUCGGGGCAUAAACUAAUUAAAAUGAACGCUGCGGUGCACGUUUUGACAAAGCCCGCUCGAACAGCCGUCCUCAGAUUAUGGCCUGUUUGGUGCCUGCCGUUGUGAUUUCCACCACAACCCUUCCGCAUUUUCCUGCUGCUAUCGGGCGGUGACGUGUGCUGACGGCGGCCUCGGAGCUGGAGGAGCGGGGGGCUGUAGCAUGACAAGAUCUGGCUCCAGACGCCCUGCUUUGCUUUCAUCGGAGCUCCAGAAACCACCCAUAACCCCUCCUUCUCUGCUCCUUCGCGGCCCGCCCAAAUAACACAAAAUUCCCGACUGAAUCCAGCCCGAGUCUGGGGGAACCAGGCGGCCCGGGAAGCCGAGGUGCGGACGGAGGCCAUCCCUGCAGCAUACAUCUGCUGUUCAGUAACAAAUGCAGUGCGAGGACAAUGGAUGAGGAUGUCAUCAGACUUUCAAUACAUUCUGAAGAGCCUAAAAUAAUAUUACACGGAUCGGAUGACGGUGGUGCCGGCGGACAGGAGUUUGUUGUGGAGCUUCAAGAGACCGUGUUGGUGUCCGAAGGCGAGGGAGAAGACAUGGCCGUUCACAGGUUUGCCCCAGACGAGCUAGUCAUCCAGGACGCGGUCGAGGACGUGGUUUCCGAGUACGUGCACUGCGACGACGACGACGACGACGGCGGCGAAACCUGCAUGAUGGCUCUCGACGGGGACGAGGAAGGUGUCGCUAUGAGCGACAUCCCCGAAGAUGGGCUGGACACAGAGCAGCAGGACGACGACCAAGAUGGGUGUGGAGAUUAUCUCAUGAUAUCCUUGGACGAAGUGGGAAAAAUGGUAUCGGAGGAUGGAACGGAGGUCACGGUGGAGGGCGCUGUGGAGGACCAGGAAGUGGAGAAGGACGAAGAUGGGCAGGAAGUGAUAAAGGUGUACAUCUUCAAGGCUGAUUCUGGAGAGGAUGACAUGGGAGAAUCGGUCGACGUCAGCGACGGAGACACGGAGAGCGUGGCGUUGACGGAGUCUUCGGUGCUCCGAGAGAAGAUGGUCUACAUGUCGGUCGGGGAUUCUCAUCACAAUCAAGGAAACCACGGCGUUCUGUUGGACUCAACAGGUGCGGAGGACAGCGAGAGUUGCGAGAACCGAAACGGCGCCGCCAGCGCGCUGCUGCACAUCGACGAAUCUGACGGGGUCGAAGACAUCGGUCGACAACGCAACAAGACCAAGAGGCGGUCGGAGCCUCGCCAGGUACAGACAGCCAUCAUCAUCGGCCCAUACGGCCAGCCUCUGACCGUCUACCCCUGCAUGCUCUGUGGUAAAAAGUUCAAGUCACGAGGCUUUCUGAAGCGCCACACCAAGAACCACCACCAGGACGUCCUGACGAGGAAAAAGUACCAAUGCACGGACUGCGACUUCACCACCAACAAGAAGGCCAGCCUCCACAACCACAUGGAGGCGCACGCUCUGAGCAGCAAGGCGCCCUUCGAGUGCGAAAUGUGCGGCAAGGAGUUCCACCAGCAGGCGGCGAUGUUCUCCCACAAGCUGCAGCACCACCACCGGGAGCCCAAGAGCCAGUCGCCCACGACGCCCAACAAGAUGCACAAGUGCAAGUUCUGCGACUACGAAACGGCGGAGCAGGGGCUGCUCAACCGGCACCUGCUGGCGGUCCACAGCAAGAGCUUCCCCCACAUCUGCGUGGAGUGCGGCAAGGGCUUCCGGCAUCCCUCGGAACUGAAGAAGCACAUGCGCACGCACACGGGCGAGAAGCCGUACUCCUGCCUUUACUGCGACUACAAGUCGGCGGACUCCUCCAACCUGAAGACGCACAUCAAGACGAAGCACAGCAAGGAGAUGCCGUACAAGUGCGAGCGCUGUUUCCAGACCUUCUCCGAGGAGGAGGAGCUGAUCCAGCACGGGCUGACGCACGAGGAGAACAAGACCCACCACUGUGCCCACUGCGACCACAAGAGCUCCAACUCCAGCGACCUGAAGCGCCACAUCAUCUCCGUUCACACCAAGGACUACCCGCACAAAUGCGCCAUCUGCGGCAAAGGCUUCCACCGGCCGUCCGAGCUGAAGAAGCACUCGGUGGCCCACCGCACCAAGAAGCUCCACCAGUGCCGGCACUGCAACUUCAAGAUCGCGGACCCGUUCAUCCUCAGCCGCCACAUCUUGUCCGUGCACACGAAGGAGCCGCAGCAGCAGGCCUCUCCGGAACGGAGCGAGCCAAAGAGGACAGAGGCGCACGGCAGCCCCGCCGCGGCGCCCAAAAAGUCGGCCGCGCCGCCGCCGAGCGUCCGGGCGUGACGCGCCGCCGGCCCGCCGGGCCGAGUCAGCGCGGCCAGCUUAGCCAGCAGCGUGACCGUCGUUAUCGGCAAAGGACAAAAAGAGCGGCGGAUCUACCAGUGCCAGUACUGCGACUACAGCACCGGGGACGCGUCGGGCUUCAAGCGGCACGUGAUCUCCAUCCACACGAAGGACUACCCGCACCGCUGCGACAUCUGCUCCAAGGGCUUCCGGCGGCCCUCGGAGAAGAACCAGCACAUCAUACGCCACCACAAGGACGUGGCGCAGGCGGAUUGACCCCCGACCCCCGAGCCAAACCCCCCGUGCCACGACGACGAAGAACAAUGCCGGAAGUAACCGUCGCCCCCCCCCCCCCCCCCACAAUCUAGUCUCCGCCCCCUCGGCACGCCGCCGGUCAAUUGGAGCCAACGUGGCGCGUGCUGCACUUAGUCCGCUCGGUUGUUUUUGCUCUUCUUAUUUUUUUAAUCCUCAGCCUAAUGUUUGUUCAUAAAUGUAUACACAUGUGUGUGUGUGUGUAACAUUAACGCUCUGUGCGAGAUGGCGACACACCCCCUCUGUAGACUUGCACUUUGACCUGCAUGUGUCUCGUUGCCGGUGACUGCGUGGCAGAUUGUGCAGACGUCUCUUUUUCUUUUUUUGUAGAUAUACAUUUUUUUUAAUUUGUCAACAUUCUCGCAGGCAGCGAUCGGCCGCCGGUCACAGCGAUCCUCGUGACCCGUCUCCCAAGCCGAAGUCUGCGUUUGCAAAAAAACAAACAAAAAAUUGCAUCAUUUUGUUCCCACGUACUUAAAAUUGAAUUCGCAAACCUCCGUUCCCAGUAGCACUUGGUACGGAUCACGAUGAAUGCAGUAAUCGAGUUGUGUGUGUGGAAGAGAGAGAAUGACAAACAAGCAUCACACACACACACACACACACACACCACCCAUGUGACAUAGUGCUUUUGGUUGUGUUGUAAAAACACAAGGAAACAAUCACUCUCACGUCCUUCAUCCAACACUCAGAACCCUCGGUGACAUCGUGAGAACAAGUUCACGUCUGCACCUGAACGCCACGAUGACCCCGUCACCCGGGUAUCGUAUUCCUAUGAUACGUCGGUGCACGCCAUCGGCGGAGACGAAGCCCUCACGCAAAGUGUUUCUGACCCGCGAUGCAACCUGCAGAGGGACAUCCCAUAAUUUGAAAGAAGUUCUGUUCUCACCAUUUAUUACUGAUGACAAGCGGCUUGUUUUUCUCACAUGAAUUGACAUGUCUUUUAAAUCAUCUAAAAAAAAUACUUCUACAAAUGUCUGUAUGAUACGGAUAUUAGGCUGGGUUAAAAAAAGGAGCUUCAUCAACACCAGUGUCCCGAUGUAACUGUCUGGCCGUAGUUCUGGAGCUCUGGAUGAACACUUUCUGCCCUCAGAUGUACUUCCUGCCAGUCCAAAGGGGAAAUGUACGUCUUCCUAGAUGCAACCUCAGAAGACCGGUGCUGCUGGUGUCCUUGUUCGAUGGCUUUUUACAUCUUUUAUUUUUAUUUUGUUAUCACCUGUGAUUAUUCCUGUUUUUAUAUUUAUUUCAUUUACAAGUUGUUGUAUAGUUAAGUGUAACUAGACUUCUAUGGGACGUAAAUUAUUGUUUUGUAUACAAAAAUCUGUACAAAGCGUGUAGAUGUAAACACUUGAUAAAACGGAAAUCUGAACUGUGUUGUUAUGGAUGUACUUCAUCGUAUUUGUUAAAGAUAAUAAAAAGCAAAGUAUUUUAGCCUUUUUGUCAUCUACUUGCUUUUAUUGUUUUAAUGCGCAGAGUUUGACACAUGUUGUUUUCCCCUUGUAAAUAAAAACACGUUGUUUUCA